UAAAAUGUGUAGCGGCAAAAGCGUGUUUUAACGAGGUCAACCUGUGAGUUGCUACAAGGCAUUCAGUAUACCAGUGGACGAUGGGUUAUCAACCCUUCUUCACGACGAUGGAUUCAUUUUGCUUUGCCGUUCUGCUAACUACUAUGCUAUCACCUUUUGUCUACUGCCGAUUUGAUUACAGUGAGCUUACCCAAGGACAGAGAGACAUGAUGGAAUACGUUCGUCAGAUGUUGAAUAGCACACAACGUCUACUCCUAUUUGCGGGUAUCAAUGGAGCAAUGGAAAAUGAUCGCAUAUGUUGGACGUCUCAAAAAAGAGCAGAUACAGUUCCUGGAUUCCACCACUACAUUUACUUCUGGCAGAAUGAGACUAAGGGGUCGACCAAGCAUUUAACUGAAAAGAGGUACGCUGACUACGCUGUGGGAACACAAGGGGGCAUUCCAACGGUUCAGCUACUAGCAAAAGAUGGCGCCAGCAUUGACACAGAUUUAAGUGGUAAUUAUACCUUGUUUGGGGCUAACGCCAGCUGUUUUGUCAUGGCUGUGAUAAUAUCUAAAGGACAAAAUGCCCGCUCAAAAUGUCUCUACUGGAUUCAAGAGGGGACCACGAGAGACGCCCACGAAGCAUGCGAAGAUGCCUUCUUCUAUAACUGCAGCAGUCUGACGGGUAACAUCUAUUUGAUGCAACAACAUAGGACCGAGUGCAACUUCAGUAGCCACAAGCCAGGAAGUUCUCCUUAAUUCUCCAAGUAACACAACGUUGCGAGCAACUGUAUUUAGGAUCACAUUAAAUAAAGACGUAACUUUUGUAGUAA